CCUGCACUUGUAGAGAGAGAAAGAGGAGAGAAAAUUCCCGAAGAACCAGGGAGAAAGAGAAAUUCAGGAGACCAAAUAUUAUCCUAGUUUUAACGGCAGGAGAUGAAGAAUUGUGAGCUGUGCAAGGCGCCGGCGAGGACCUACUGCGAAUCCGACCAAGCUAGCUUGUGUUGGGAAUGCGACGCUAAGGUCCACGGAGCCAACUUCUUGGUAACCAGGCACUCCAGGACCCUGCUAUGCCAUGCGUGUCAGUCUUUGACUCCAUGGAAAGCCUCCGGUGCCAAGCUCGGAAACACCCUUUCUCUUUGCGAGAGUUGUGCCGGCGGAAUGAAAGAUGGUAGUGACGAGGGGGACGAGAGUGAAGGUGGCAAUGACGAUGACAUAGACACAGAGGACGAUCUCGAUGACGUCGACGAAGAUGAAGACGAAGGGGGUGGUGGUGACGGUGACGAGGAUGGAGAUAAUCAGGUAGUUCCUCUGUCCUCCACACCACCUCCGCCAGCUUCAAACUCCUCGAGUAGUGAAGAGUCAAUUAGCAGAUGUUUUAGCAGCAAUAGAGUUAUUUCUGAAACGGCGAGCACACUAUCGUCGAAGCGAAAGCGUGAGGACGCAUCGGAUCUUAAUUUCCAGGAUGGUUGGAAGUGGUGGUGUAAUAAAGAGAGGAAAGGUGGAGAGCUAAAAAAGCAGGUGGCAUGGUUGGAAUGUGAAGGCGGCGAAGGAACGUCGAAGGAAUCGCCGAGAGGUGGAGAGAUCGGACCGGCUACCGCGAAGGGGUCCAACGAUGCGAGAACGCCGGAGUCCGUUUGAUCGCGGGAUUCGGGGUAUCAUAGCUGCACGAUCGAGAUGGUAGCUUCAGAUAUUAUUAUUACUGAAUUCUUGACUAACUAUGUCUAACUACAGUCUUAGUUUUUGACCAUUUGAUUGAUUGUAUUCUUAAUGAUCGUUCUUGUCCAAAACUUCCAAGAAAAGAAGUCUGUUUAGUGACCGGAACUUUUCCGUUGCCUUCAUUCAUCUUUCGUGUGAAUUGUAGAAAAAAUAACCAGACAUUUUUGCUUGAAAUGCCGCCGUGUUGACUAAGAACCACGGGGGAAAUGUUAAGAACCAAUUGAUCGCUGCUA